AGAGGUCCCUCUGGCCAGGCUGAAUAUUUUCCUCCCUUCACGCGGUCUACCGUAACUGCCACGCCUGACUGCAACGGCGCUGAACGCAAACGCUCUUGUCACAUGCGUCAUGUGUCACAGCUGACGUUGUCCGACUCGCUACGGAGCGAUGACGGCGGCGACGGGGCAGCCGCUGGUUGUUCCUCUCGCGAGGAGAACAGUGCCUCUUCUCCGCACUAAAUGCGAAAAAUUGGCUUCCACAUGAUCAUCUUUCUUCGUCUUCCUCGAACGCUAUCGGUCACGCCCGUGCCGUGAUUGGAGAACAAUGCGCCCCUGUGAUUCAUGUUGAAUUCGCUCGAAUGUCCAUCGGGCCGCGACCGCAACCACCGGAACCGCGGGGGAGCGCCAUGGCGUGCACCAAGCGACUGCUGGCGGUCCUCUUGUUUUUCGUACUCGUGUCCCUAUACGUGGCGACCAUCGAUGACGACCCGCCCCGUCAAGAACAAAUGUGGCCCGUCGACGUUGACGACCCGACGGCCGACCCCGUCGUACCCAACGACGAGCACCGCCACCUCAUGUACUUCGUUCAGGUCAGUGACACACAUCUUAGUGGCUCGGUACCGCAGCGCGCAGUGCAAUUGAAGGAGUUCAUUGCUGAAACCAUAAUGAAAGUCAUCAAGCCACCUGUUAUAGUGAUGACGGGUGAUAUCGUAGACUCGUUGGGCGCUCGAUUCUUGGACUCUGGUCAGAUACGUGAGGAGUGGCAACAGUAUUGGCGGGCCAUCUACGAAACUGGUGUUACACGCAAACAUAUCUGGUUGGAUAUUCGAGGAAAUCACGAUAAUUUAAAUCUUGCCUCUGUGGAGGACGAGCAUAACUUUUACAGGGUUUACUCUGUGCAAGGGCGGCAACAUUUGCAUUCGUAUUCGUACACGCACCAUGAUGGUGACGAUCGUUACACUUUCAUUGGCAUCGACACCUGUACUGACCCCGGUGUCAAGCGACCGUUCAACUUCAUCGGCUCUCUGCCCCAGGCUGAGCUGAGCAGCUUACAACGCGUUCGGGAGGAGACACGGGGAAGCAACCUGACUAUCUGGUUUGGUCACCACCCAACACGCAGCGUGUCUUCUGAUGAAAUCCACGAGUUGCUCAGGCUUGGUGGCCCAUACCUGUGCGGCCACUACCACAGUCUGCUGGGUUUCUUCCGAGGCAUGUAUGCCCUGCAGCCAUCGGGGUUUCUUGAGCUCGAGCUGGCCGAUUGGAAGACCGGCCGCCUGUUCCGGGUCGCAGCAGUGGACCAUGGUCUGUUCAGUUUUGUGGAUGUACGUUUCCGUGAGUGGCCCAUAAUACUGGUCACAAAUCCAAAGAGCGCAGUGAUGGCCAUGCCUGGUGUGGAGCCCUUGCACCGAAUCACCCAUUCCACUCACAUCAGGGCCCUGGUGUUCUCGCCAACGCCGGUGUCGGAGGUGCGCUGCAGUGUGGACGAUGGCCAUUGGCAGCCCCUGAAGCAGGUUGGCCAGGGUCCCCUAUGGGUUGCACCAUGGAACGCCAAGGAGCUCUCGCCAGGGCUGCACACCCUCAUGGUGCAGGCCAUGGACCACGAAGGAAUCUGGUCAGAGGCUCAUGUGGUGACCUUCUCAGUGGACGGCACACAGCCCCCUCACAAUGUGGCUAUGCGAAUCCUUAUUCAGGGCGGCAUAAGAGCGCUGCGGAUACUGUUCAUCCUGGUUGUCCUGGCAUGUGUGCUGCCCCUGUGCUGGAUCAAGGCUGUCCAGACGUCAUCAUGGCUGGGUCCUCCUGACCUGAGUCCAGGCCGUUGUCUGUGCUGUGGCUGCUUGACCAGGUGCCUUCACCUGCUGGUCUCGGUGGAUGUGCUGUUCUGGCCGUUGGUUGCCCUGCCUCUCUACUUAGCCAUAGGACCCUGGUUUGUGGGUGAAAUGGUUGAGGGCCACUUGGGUGCCUGCUUUGUCUGGGGCAUUGUUGUCUAUGGCACAUUCCUGCCCGGUGGACUCUCCUACUUCUAUGGCAUGGUUUUUAUUGCGAUGUGCUACGUGCCGCUGGUGUGCUGCCUGGGCUGCACGUUGUGGCGGCGGCGCCAGGCACUGCGCGCCGGCACUGCAAACCCAGCGGUGAGUGCGCUGCCACUGGCAGCUGUGCUGCUUCUCCAGUGCCUCUGGGCAGCCCUGUUCGUCCUCGCCUAUGGCUACCUGGCGCUGAUCUUUGGCUUCCUACUCGUCGGCGCUCCGGUCGUCUCGGUUGUCAGCUGGCAGCGGGCGCGUACGCUACCCUACCACCGGCUCGAGAAGUUCGAGCGGUUUGUGGGAGGCGGCGCAGCCAGCGAUGGCGCGACCAACAGCAAAGCUGGUUCCAGCUGACUGGCACCCGCUUCCAUUCCUUCUUCAGCGUAGCAGUUACUUUUUCAAUUUUACCAGUUGCUAAAUCCUCUUCAUAAAUAUGUUGUUGUGAUCUCUA